AUGGUUUCUCCUUCGGGCGGCAGGAAGGAGUCAGAGGAGCUGGAGAUCUGGAUCUGGAGAUCCAUGCACGUCAGCCGCGCGUCCCCGGGCAUGCGUGGCCCUGACAAGGUGUGCAAAACUUGUGCUGCCCCCAGCUAUGCCCCUUGGUGCCCCGCCUGCCAGAACCUGCAGCCCGAGUGGGAGAAGUUUGCCGAGUGGGGCGAGGACCUGGAAGUGACCAUUGCCAAAGUGGAUGUCACGGAGCAGCCGGGGUUAAGUGGACGAUUUGUCAUAACAGCUCUUCCCACCAUCUAUCACUGUAAAGAUGGAGAGUUCAGGAGAUACCAGGGUGCAAGAACUAAAACUGAUUUCAUAAAUUUCAUCAGUGACCAGGAAUGGAAAUCUAUCGAACCGGUUUCAUCAUGGUUUGGUCCUUCUUCUUUCCUGAUGAGCAGUAUGUCAGCUUUGUUCCAGUUGUCAAUGUGGAUCAGGCACUGCCAUGGUUAUUUAACAGAAAAUGUUGGAAUACCAGUCUGGGGCUCAUAUGCCGUUUUUGCGUUGGCAACUCUAUUCUCGGGACUGAUACUGGGACUUAUAAUGGUGUUCUUAGCAGACUGUAUCUGUCCAUCCAAAAGGCACAGACCACCGCAGUACCCUCACUCAAGAAAGCUAGCUCCAGAGUCCGCUCAGCUGCUGAAAAAACUGGAUGAAGAGCAAGAAGCAGAUGAGGAAGAUAUCUCAGAUGAUGAAACGGAGGGUAAAGAGGUGUCUGACAGAAACUCGUCACCGAAUGCUGUAAGGCAGCGCCCAGUGAACACUGCUGCUACGGUGGAUAAAUCUUAGCUUUGUUUGCAUGCAGGAUUAGUGUUUGAGUCACCAGCUCAAAAGGAGAUAAAUGUCAAAUCCUUCAGCUUGAAGAGAAGAAUGAUUCCUGUCAUGGUAAUAAUGAUGCAUUUCAUGAAUUCAGGAAAAAAAAAAAAGUUUGGCAUCAGGUAUUGAAAACAAACAUGCUGUUGGAAACGGCUGAAACUUCUCCUGUCUGUGCACAGAGAGGCGCCAAGAAAUAAUUUAUGUGGCUUCUUGAAUGACUUGUUCUAUAGGGAAUUUUUUUUUUUUAACAGAAUGUAAACCAGUGUACUUGUUGCAUUAGGGAGCAUUAGCAAGGAAAAUGCACUAACCUGUUUGCUGUUCAAGCAUUCAAAAAGGUUGCUCGGUAUAAAUGUAUCUAUUGUGCUCUGAAGAAAUGCUGAGGGGAAAAGUUUCCUUCAGUUAUGGGACGUGUUCCAGGCUUUUUAUGUGACAAAAACUGCUUUCUGCUAUGACAAUGAGUGCUACCCCCCCACCCCCAAUCUUUCUUCUUCCAAAGACAUGAAAGUUGCUGUCUUCAUUUAGAGGAGCAGAAGUUGCCCUCUGAACAAAAGCUAGAGAGCUUGUCUUUGCCAUCCUCCCAGGUGAAGUUACCACAAACGGCUCUGUGUAGUGUGGAUCCUCUGGCUGACCAGAAACCUGCUAUUUGCAUCGAUUUCUUUUAGAAAAGGCUGUAGAAAACUGUAUGAGCUUCUUGGCGAAGUAAUUCUUCUCUAGAAAAAAUUACAAGUAGCACCGUGAAGUCGUGUUUGUCUCUGACUCCGAUUCAGAUGGGAAUAGUUUACACGCAGGGUUCUCUGCUGAAUGAGAAAUCCUAUGCAUUCAUCCUGCUGGAUGGCAGUAGGACUCUGCUUAUUUUUAAUAUAUCAUCAGUAAUUACUGCUUAAUCAAAUUUUACUGCAAAUCCGGUCAGGCUGUACCUGGUCUGAAGUUGAAAUAACUGCUGCUUAAUUUCUUUUGCAGACAGAGAUCCUUUUCUGUUUUUACAAAACCAUCUUGAAACAAUAUACCCUCAUACUUUCUUUAAAAAAAUGUAGCUUACUGUUUUCUGUAUGGUGUUUGUUUUCACUGCAUAGAAAUAAAAAGAAUGCACACGUGCAUCGGACCAGUGUUAUCUUGCAUCGCUUGUAAAGACUUUUUCAUAUUCUUCCAGUUAAUUUCCAAAGUAUUUGUAAGGGAAGGGUUAGCCUAAUGCUGAGCACACUUAGGUUUUUUGACAAGCCUGUUCUUGCUGGUUUUUUUUGUUUUGGUUUGGGUAAUUUUGGUUUUUUAGUUGUGUUGGUUUGGGGUUUUUUUUUUUUUUUACGUUGUUCAUCUGAGUGGGUUUGCGGGACUGGCAGUUGAUAAAUCUGUGUCAAUAGUAAACUUGGCCGUGAGUAAUUAAGACUGCAAACAUAGAAAUGCUCUUGAUGUUUUCACUGCAGCCUGGCUCUCUAAAGCCAGGCUCUCCUAGUGAUUAUUAAGAAGACAGAGCAUCAGACAAGGAGCUUAGAGCGAACUCUGCGGGAUAUGAAAGAAACAUUGGGGAAAACUUCAGAGCUCUUGCGGGUGAAUUGGCUCGUAAAGCUGUUUAAGACUAAGCUGUGGCUUUUGUCAGUCUUGAAUGCUUUGUCAGUUGCAUUUUAAGUAUAUCUGAUAGAUCCUAAUUCAUCCUCCAUUUUAUGAAUAGAAAAAAAGUGAUUCAGCUACCCAAGUAUCUGCGUGAAUCUUCCAACAAGUUCUUAGAUGAGUAAGAGGAGUUGUUACGUGUGUCCUGGAACGUCCUCCUUUGACUCUUUCUUUCUUUCUUUUUUCUUUUUCUUAACAUUGGUGCUCCGGAAUGACUUACGAUUUCGGUGCUGGGCUAUGUGUUAGGAAGAUAAUAACUGAUGCUUGAAAGGGCUUUUUUUUUUUUUUUUUUUUUUU